AGAGAGAAAGGGGGGGGAGAGAUGAAAGAUUAUCUAUUUCUCAUUGGUGGGACACAGUGAGUGAGUGAGUGGGAGGGAGGGCGGCGGCCAGAAACAAGCAAACUAAUUCUCACCGAGGAGCAGACAGUCGUGCCAGAACAGGAGCUUCGGUCAAAUCCCUUCUCUGACCCUCCCCCCCAUAAGCGAAGGACCGUUAUUAUUGUCAGUCGAUUCUCCUUCCCCGAGUCCAGGUCGGCUACCAGGUGAGACCAGAGUUUCCAUUUGUUGGAUAAGGGGGCUGCGAACACACGCACCCACACUUCGCCAAGCCGCGACAACUCAAGGUGAAUGCCGCCAUGCCAUUUGGGUGCCUUGCCCUGCGGGAUGGGCGGAGUUACAGUAGCAUGUCCGAUAUCACGGACAAAUAUGAGAUUGGACAGGUCCUCAGAGCGAAGGAGUUCUGCGAGCUGUGCCUUGCUAAGGACAGACAGACAGACAAGGUGUUUGUCUGCAAGAAAUUCCUCAAGAAAGACGGCAGGAAAGUCCGCAAGGCUGCCAAGAACGAAAUCAUGAUCCUGAAAUUGGUCACCCAUCCAAACAUCCUGCAGCUGAUAGACACAUUUGAGACCCGGAAAGAAUACUUCAUCAUCCAGGAACUUGCCACAGGAGGGGAUGUAUUUGACUGGAUUCUGGACCAGGGAAAUUACACAGAGCGAGACGCUUCCAACGUCAUCAGGCAGGUCCUCGAGGCUGUGGCAUACUUACACUCCCUCAACAUAGUUCACAGGAACCUUAAGCUGGAAAACCUGAUGUACUACACAGAAAACAACCACAACAAAGUGGUUCUGCGAGACUUCUACUUGUCCCGGUUUGAGAACGGACCCAUCACAGAGCCUUGUGGAACACCAGAAUACCUGGCUCCUGAAGUGGUGGCUCGUCACCGUUAUGGUCGUCCUGUUGACUGCUGGGCUGUGGGCGUCAUUAUGUUCAUAUUGUUGUCAGGUAACCCUCCUUUUUAUGAUGAAAUAGAGGAGGAGAACGCAGAUCUACAUAAUCGUAUCAUCUUCUGUCGCAUUGUUGCCGGGGAAUUUGAGUUUGAUUCUCCGUACUGGGAUGACAUUUCACCUGCAGCUAAAGAGCUUGUCUGUCGACUCAUGGAAGUGGACCAGAUGCUGAGAAUCACUGCACAGGAUGCACUUUGGCAUGAAUGGAUUGCAGGGAACGGUGCAUCAGAGAAAAACCUAAAGGAUGGAGUGUGUGCCCAGUUCGAGAAGAACUUUGCAAAGGCCAAAUGGCGGAAAGCGAUCCGUGUCACCACCUUCAUGCAACGAUUAAAGAAUUCAGAAGCAUUGAAUGACAGUUCAGGCGAGGCUCAGGGCAGUGCGGAGGCAGGAGAUGGUGAAGGCGGUAUGUCCCAGGGCGCAAGUGAUGAGGGAGACAAAGGGACGAGUGAUGAAGGGGUUACUUCAAGUAGUUUGUCUUUAGAAGUUACUGUUGAAAACACACCGGUCGGUACGGACCAGAAAGAGGGAAAGAAUAAGGUCAAAGAACAACAGGAGGAGGUGAAGAUGAGUAUAUACCCAUCGGUAGGGACUUCCCCAUCAGAUAUUACUGAACCUUCAUGUCAACAAACCAAAACAAACGCAGCCCCCAGAGUUGCACAGGAGGAGCCCGAUAAGGCCAAUGCAAAGAAAACACCAAGUGAUGGAACAAGGAAAAUGGCUGCCAAUUUGGGUCAAAAUGAAGCUGUCCCAGAAUCCAAACCGACACCCGUGAUGGCACCUGACCCUCCCAAGCCUUCGGACUGCUCUUCGGGAGCUAUAGUUGACAAAAAACACACGUCCGCCUCCCCUGAUCCCAGCGGCAAACGUAAGAUGGCUGCAACGCUCCAUGGCCUCCCGCCCACAGGUGGAACCGGCUCAGCGGAGAAGAGGCCCCCCACGCAGAGGGAGCGGAAGGUUGAGACUGACGGAAGCUGGUGUCAGACCCAACUUCCCGAGGCCGUGGCGGAGCGGUCAGUGGCAGUCCCGGCAGCACUUGGGCCCGGACCUGGGGUGGAUGUAGGAGCAGGAGUUAGGUUAAGGGGUGAUGCUAGCCCUGCAUGUAGAAGGGACAGGGACGCCAAGGCAACAGACCGACACAGCGCCGAGUUUAGCUUAGCGAGGCCAGGUCCUGCAACAGGGCCGGGUUGUUAUACCGUAGGCAGCUCUGCUAGUUUAGGCCGUCAUACAACGCCGUACAAUCCAGAAAUGGCAAGUGUAGGGAUGGGGAUGGCAGGGAGCUACGGGAGUCCGUACUGUUCAUUGUACACGAGCGGAGGAGGGAUGUAUGGGACCGGGCUACCACACGCAGGAGGCGGAAGCAGCACUACAAGCGACUGGCAAAUGGACAGCGUGAUUGAGGCAAUAGAAAAGCAAAUGGCUGCAGUGCUGGAGAAGAUUGAGGGAGACAUGCCCUCGCUGCUCGAGCAAAUCAGUGACUGUCCUGCUGAGCCAGCGCGCGCCAGGAGCACGCACGCCUCGCCGGCCACUUCUCGCGCGCGCUCCUCACAGCACCCCACGGCCGCCGCCUCCGCCACUCCUCCGCCUCUUCCAACCUCUCUGAGGCCAGUGUUGCCAUCUAUCCCUCGCCUUACUAUCCCUCCACCCUCUUAUCCCCCACCCUCCCCGCCCACACAAUCCUCCCCACGGGGUGCAGGAGAGCAGGAAGAGACAGAUGGACAGAGGAGUGCUGCUUGUUCCAGCCAGUCCCCCAGAGCCGGGAUGGGUAGGGGGCUAUGAAGCAGAUGCCUGUGAUGCAAUACACAACACCUGGAGCAUUGGAUGCAUGGAUUGAUUUUGAGGUUUUCACGAUUCUCUCCCAGAGAUUACAUCCAAUUACUCCCAGUAAAAUAGUAACAAUGCCCUGUUGUUUGAUUUAGCUGUGUGUUCAUAUUUAGAAUAUUGGGGUUGAGAAAACGCCGUAAGGCAUUGAAAUACUCUCAUGACUUGAGCGUACUGGAAGUAUCAUAGAGUACUGUAUUUCUCUGUAGGACAGCUACAAAGACAAAGAGAUCCAGAUUGUGCGCAUAAAUGCUUACCACACAACCUCCUCAUACUGGAAUCCAAGCACUCAGCGCAGGUAGCAAAGAAUUGAUCUACACAAGUGAGAAUAGCUAGGUAAUACUCUGAACUAAUUGUUAGAGUUACAGUAAGGAAGUUUUGCAUUUUUAUGUUAUUAUGUUUUUGCAUUAUUCCCUACAAAAUGUAUAUACCUACAAAGAACGGGAUUCCUAACUGUUCUCCAAUGCCUGUGUUGUAAACCUUGCAAAUCCAAACUGACAUUUACUUUUUUCAAAUGAGCUAAUCCGACUUUGUUUUUUAUGUCGCUUUUCAUUAUAUAGUAAGGCUUCAAACCCGUGAGCUUGCAGUCACAGUACAAACAUUUGUGAAAAUAACCUCAUUAAGCCUUUUCAUCAGCUGCUGGAGAUUUAUUUAACUGUAUACUGUAUUUGAACCUGUCACUCAAAGUCUUGUGAGUUGCUCCACACCUGUUGAAGAGUUGUGGAAGAUUUUAAGACACAAUAUGUUGUGUAAAGGCUUUGCAAAAACACAAACACACACACACACACACACACCGAAUUACUCAUUUACAUAAACUUUUUCAACGUUCUCCAAAGUUUUUGCCCAGAAAGUUUGUUUUCAUUUGUAUCCAUUUUUUUCCAUUUUUUGUUAGGCCUACUGGCAUUUGGACUGGUGUAGUCUUUGAUCCUUUUUAUCAUGUAAAAAUAUUUCUGCAGUUCAUUCUGCUUUUGGAUCUAUGUCAUACAAAGUUGUGUGCUUUUGUCCUGAACAAGUCUAGACUACUAGACCACUUCUCCGUCCCCAUGUAAACUGUGCUCUGUAUGCAAGUCUUUCAAUAAAAGUAACAAAAAAGCUA